UUUAUUAUAUAGGUUAUAUGUACUGUACACGUAUUUUUUUAGCGAUAAGAAACGCUUAAAUGGGAAAUAUUUUUCGGAAAAAAUAAAACUAUAUUAUUUUUAAAAUGCUAAUUUUUCAUUUUUUGUUAUAACUGAGAUCUUGAUUAAUGUUACCCAUUGUACAAACGUUUAUAAGAUUUUUAUUACUGUAACAUUAAAUGAAACAUUUUCAGCAACUAUAGAUCAUGUCUCAUUCAUUUUUUAAACCGUUGAAGUAGAGAAAAAAAAUUGCAGACGGCCAGGUAAAGUUAUUUAUAAAUACAAAUCUCCAGUAAGCAUGCGUCGAGAGAAGUGAAGGAGGAUGUCAGACUUCAUUACUCCAAACAGGACUGUGGAGAAGAACACGUGGUCAGAGUGAGUAACUUUACUCAAAAGUUUUUGUUCCAAGAAAAGGAUAACUGAGAAUUUAUAACUGUUUAUUUAAACGAUCUAAGUUUAUUUACUAUUUAGCAUAAUGAUUUUUAAAGAUAAAAAAUCACUAUGAGGACUACACCUACCAGGUGCGACAAGUGUCUAAGGUACCUCCGUAUUGGUCUUACUCUGCUGUUCUCUCAUAUUGGCCUCUGCGCUUUAGUUGUGGGCUAUACGAUUAUGGGAGCCUUUACUUUCGAAGCGCUCGAGGCCAAACACGAGAAGAUGAAAAGGAUAGAGAUCAUUCAAGAAAGAAAGAAAAUAGUCGAAUCUCUUUGGGACAUUACUACUUCUUUCCCCCUUUUACAGGAUACAAACUGGACCUAUCAUGCCCAUAUGAAAAUCAGAGAAUUCGAACUAAAAGUAGUAAAAGCAGUUAGAAAAGAAGGUUUUGAUGGUCAAGAAAAUCAUAGUCUUCAAUGGUCUUUUUCUGGGGCACUUCUCUAUUCCAUAAUUGUCAUAACAACGAUAGGAUAUGGUAACAUUGCUCCUAAAACUUCAAGUGGUAAAGUUGUAACAAUACUUUAUGCUAUUAUUGGAAUACCAUUACUUCUGUUAUGUCUCUCUAACAUUGGAGAUGUUAUGGCUCAUUCAUUCAAAUUUAUUUAUUGGAAAGUAUGCUGUUAUUUGUGUGUGAAACCGAAGAAAAGACGCAAAACCCGAUCUACUUAUCGGCAGGCUCGUUACACUCCAGCUAAUGAAGGUACUGUGGAAUUAAGAAAGACUACACCAGACACACCCAAAGCAGAUGAUAUUAGUUCUAGCAGCUAUUACACUGCACCAAGUACAAAUUCUUCUUCAAAUCCCAACAGUCCAAUAAAUAAAACACAUUUUGACUAUUCUGAUGCUUGUAAGCUAGCAGUUAUAACCAAUAAAUAUGUUAUUCAAGGAGAGGAGAUUUUACAUCAUGCUAAUUAUAACAUUCCCGCAGAAGUAAAAGACAGCAAAUGCUGGAACCAAGCAAUCAUUCCUGAUAGCAUUGUGAAUGUCGACUUUGAUGAAAAUUCUACUGAUGAUUCUGAGCAAGAGGAGAUUACAGUUCCUAUUUUAUUGUGCUUGGCUUUAGUAAUAGGUUAUAUUUGUGGUGGCGCAGUUUUAUUCAGUUGGUGGGAAGACUGGGGUUUUCUAGAUAGUUCUUAUUUCUGUUUUGUGACUCUGACAACCAUUGGAUUUGGAGAUCUGGUGCCAGGUACUGCAGUUGUUGGAGAUGACACCCAAUUAGCUCUGGGAUUAUGUUCCUUAUAUUUAAUGUUUGGAAUGGCACUUUUAGCAAUGUCUUUUAAUUUGGUACAGGAAGAAGUAACCAAAUCAGUAAGAUGCAUUGGAAAAAGAAUUGGAAUCUUAUCAGAUGAUGAUGACGACGAUGAUGAAAAUUAAAGGUUUCAAUUUUUAAAAAACAAGAAAUAAUUCUAAUAGUUGUACAUAAUAACUUUUGUUUUUUAAGUUAUCUUUAAACAAAAAAGUAUAAAGCAAAAUAU